AUUCAUAAAUCGGCUCAAAUUCGGCUCCCGAAUUGGCCAACGCCCCGAUGCAGCGUGCGGCGUUUGUGAAGGCUUUUUAUUUGACUAUUGAAAUUCGAACUGGUGUUUUGUUGUGUGUGAGUGUGUGCCAUUAAGUGCAUGGUACGGAAUGCGUGUGUAUGACUGUGUGUUGCUGUGGCGUUUAUUUUCUGGGUGUGAUCGGACGUAACUAGUAGUCAAGAAAAACUAAUUCAAGAUGGGCAGCGUGGAACUAGGCGGUUGUGCUAAGUGCUCCAAGUAUCUUCUUAUUAUCUUCAAUGUUCUAUUCUUUCUGGUCGGCAUCGCUCUCCUCGCCGUCGGCAUCUGGGUCAUCGUCCAGCCCUACCAGAUUGCCAUCCUCGAAAUCCUGGACAACCCACUUAUCCAGAACAGUGCCUACCUGAUUAUUGCCAUUGGAUCCUUCAUUAUUGUGGUAUCAGCGUUAGGAUGCUGCGGGGCCUGUAUGAACUCCAAGUGCAUGCUUGUGAUUUACUUCAUCAUCAUCUUGAUCAUCUUCAUCGCACAGCUGGUUGGAUGUGCUUUGGUUCUUGCAUACAGGAGCAAGGUUGAUGAUUUCGUCACGAACUCGUUAUCCUCCACCAUGGAUCUCUAUGAAGGAGAGGCCGCUAACGAUACCACCAGCACCGCAUGGAAUGCCAUCCAGAUUCUUCUUGAAUGCUGUGGAACCGAUGGAUAUGAGGACUGGGCCGAUAGCACCUGGGUAAACGAUACCAAUCCAACGAUCGCGAUCGAUGGCACCUCUUACGACCAGACUUACCCUGCAACAUGCUGUGUGUUUGUGGACAAGUACACAAUUAUUUCCGGUGGAUAUUGGCCGACACCAGUAAACAUCUCAUCGUGUAUGGGUAUCCAAGGACCACUCUCAAACGACACUCUCAAUACAGGGGGCUGUUACAAUGCUUUCCAAGAUUUUGUUACCAAUCAAAUCGCUUACGUCGGUGGAGUCGGCCUUGGACUUCUAAUCUUCGAGCUCCUGUCAAUGGCAUUCGCUAUUAUCCUGUGCCGCGGCAUCUCCAAGGGAGAGGACGUUGUCUAGGCAACGCGUCGUCAUACUCACCACGCUCACCAUUCCACCACUUCCUUUAGUCUUCGCUCCAGACAAAGAACGUCCAUAAAAUAGUAAAAUAUUCCAGCCCCCCCCCCCCCCACCCAUUGCGGUAACGACUUUAUUAAACUAUUAUGAACGAAUUGAAUGAACUAUUGGUAAGAAAGAACCUAAAUGUUGUAUAUAGUUUUUAAAGGAAGAUACCAUUUUCUUUCUUCAUUUGAGGAAGAAGGCUUGACAUGAAUUUUCAUUGAAGCCCAUGUUUUUUAACUCCUUCCGACUUGAGCUUUUUUUUCAAUAAUUCUCCAUAUUUUUCAUAGAUGGAGUGAUUGGUACAUAAAAUUGAUUUCACAGGAAUAUGUAGAAAAACAAGAAGUAAAUAAGAAGAUAAUAUACACGGGUUUUUGUCUUGUUUUAUAUCUAGUUAGUACUGGUUCUUAAUUAUGGACUGCAAAUUUCAAUGCUUUAUCAAUCAUCCCCUGGUUCAUUUAGCAGUCCAUAAUGUUACGCAUGACUUUAUAAACCACGCGCUACGAAUUGUUUUAGGUAUGACAAGCCAAAUGGGUAAGCCUUUCAAGUGUUUAUUCAUUAAAUCACUAAUCCCUGCUCAAUGGAACGUGUAUUUCCUGCAACAAUUUCACUUGAUUAUCUAAAAUGCCGUACUUUGCUUGGACAUCAGAAAAAAAUGUUUGAGCACACCGUUUGGCGUUCCAUACCCCACGCAUCGGUGAAGUCACGCGUACCUGUGAAGCAUUGAACUCUAGUGAAUGAAUAAGAACUGUUCGCUAUUCCAUGUUGGGUCAUAUCAAACUAUGUAUCCGGUUUCAAAUAUUGUGUUUAUGUCAUGAAGACUGCAAUAUUGAAGAAAAUGAAAUUUGCUACCCGUUCUUGUAAUCAUGAUAAUAGACAAUCUCUUACUAGCAAUACUCAAGCCGGGGUAGUGUGAUUGAUAUAAGUAUAUUUUUGUCAGUUUGUACAGAAUGAACGACCUUCGACUUUGAGGCUGUAAUGGUAAUAAGUAAAACUUUCUCCUUGACUACUACACAAUAUAUUCUUUGAUAUAUGGCAUUAAAUAUCAAUUAAGAGGCUCAUUAAAAAGAUGUUAAUUCUUUGAUAUAUGGCAUUAAAUAUCAAUUAAGAGGCUCAUUAAAAAGAUGUUACUUUAUGAAAGUGUAAUAUUGGCUGAGAAACAUUUUUUUACUUAAACGAUCGUAAUAUUUUGAAUGAGUAACAUGUGUGUAUUUUAUCAAAAUAGUUCGUGUUAUAUUCAGAGGUUUAUAUCAAAACAGUUCAUACAUUAUAUAUUUAGGAUAAAUUAUGUACAUGAUUAUUAUACAUAUUUAAGCCUUGGGGGCAGCUAGCCUCGUUCGGUUGCCUUAGGGUGUGUUGUAAGAAAAUAUUUGCGAUCGAUCGCAAAAUUCAGGUGCAAAUUUACAAGUGUUAGAUCACUUUUAACUAAAGCAAAUCAAUUUGUAUUUUGUUGAUGCAAGAAGCAGACCUUCAAUCGAUCAAUGGCAAAUUUAUAUAAUGAAAUGCAUGAAUUUUAACUGAUUUUGGACCUAAAAUUGAUUUGCAAGUUGCAACCAGUAAGUUUCUUGCAACGCCCCGUUUGCGUUAUCGAUAUCCGGAUGCGUUAGUCGAUUUAUAUAUAGAUACUUUCGAUAUCGAUGCAAAAAUUAACACACGAUGCAACUGUUUUUUAAUUGAUUCGCUUGUCAUUCUUUCGCCACCACCAAGCUAUCGAUCGCGGAUGGGUCCAUCAGAUCCGUCGAAAAACAUCUUCGUCUGAGGCUUAAUAGAUUUUUAGGGAGAAAUAGGUAUAUGCGGUCUUUCAAUAUGCAAGAUUAUCUUCAAUAAAAUGAUUAUAUGAAUAUUUUUGGUUGAUAAACUCGUGAUGGGGUUUGUUUAUGAUGUAUAUAUAUUUAAAUAUUUCCCUCACUACUUACUAUUAUCUAAAUACUAAGCUCUGUACAAAAACACUAUUUUUAUUUUAUAUUAUAUACAUAGCUCCUGUCUUUAUUCCCCAUGCCUAUUUGAUAUUCUAAAAUAACUUCCCUACUGAAAAGAACACAGUGUGUGCCACAGUGUGUUCAUAGUGUGAAACACAAAGGGAAAUCACGUUCACACUGUUAAAAUUGAGCAUUUAAACAGUGUGAAUCAUAAUAUUAAAAUAGUCGACCAUGUGAACACACUGUGAUCACACUGUGUGACGCUGUUUUCUUUCAAGUGGGGUCGUUAUGCUUCGAAUUAUAAUUCUCGUUUCAUCCCUCAACACUAAUAUUCAUAACAAGUAAAGUGUUAUUGUAACUUUAUUGUGCUUAAUAAUCGCAUACUAGCCUAGCAUAUAAUCUAGGCGGAGGCUGCAGUUAUUGUCUUUGCUGUUAUGCUGAACGUAAGCAUACGUCUGAUCUGGCGAAGACUACGCAUAGAGGCUAGAUUAUAUGCUAAUACUAGUUUUGCUUCGUAAGGCUAAAUGUGUUACGAAGAGCAGGCGAACCAUGAUCCGGGGAAUAUAAAUAUAACGAGCGAAUUUUACUUUCAGAAACAAUAAUAUUAAUGAUAGACCUACAUGUAAUAAAGUUUAAUAGUUCGCUUCCUUACAUAAGAAAAGUGGAAAUUGUAUCAUCAUAAUGGUAUGAAAAUGAUUGAAAUAUCCAAGGUUAUUUUUUAUCAAAACACGCAUGAGAUUCCUAUAUGUUCAAGUGGAUUUCGUGAAUUCAUGUCUGAACCGUUUUUGCAAUUAUGAAUUAAAAACUCAUAUAUAUAUAUAUAUCAUUGUUGAAUAGCAUAAUGUACUUUCUAAUACAUGGAGUGCAAUAGCAAGUCUUAACAAAUAAACGCUAUAAUGUGAAAACGUUUUUGAUUUUUGCAUUUGAAAUCUACGUGUCAAAAUACUGUACAGUACACAUAAUUGCAUCUUUUUCUGUCAAUAAUAUGAUAAACAAUUUAAUUUCUUUUCAAUCUAGUUGUUAAGAAUUCAAAUCGUAUGGUAAGCAUCUCCUAUCGGGGAGUUCGCAGUUGUUUUGCUCAAUAGAUAAAAAUUACUUCUGUGUUAUGUUUUGUCUUUGUACUUUUAUUCAGUUCUUGAUAAUAAAUAUGUAGACAAUGGAAAAAAA